ACAGGGGGUGCCCUCUGAGAGGCUAGAAAGGGUGACGCGUGAACAUCCUGUGAAAAGAGAAGCCAAUUUAGGGAGCGGCUCGGGCCAGCAGGAGUAUCGGUAUCGCUGCAACGGCUUGUCUGCCCCCGUCGGCACGGCAAAGGUAGGGACCCCCUCUGUGAGGGUCCCCAGGCAAAGGCACCCUCGCAACUGGGGCAGCCAGCGGGACUCGCGUUGACGUGGGGGACGUAGGGCGGCAGGGCGGUCCUGAGGCCGAGGCUGGCCGAGGGCAGUGACCUGGUCCCGGUGCGCCGGGCUACGCCGGGCAUUGCGUUUGCAUGUGGCCGCCAAUUGCUGGGCCCGCUACUUCAUCGGUGAUCGCCUCAGUGCCACCCGAGGCAGAGGCAGUGGUCAGUACCCGCCCGAGGACCGCAGUGCUCGACAUGUUCUCCACGAUGCUGGCCCGCCUGGUGCCCCUGCUGCUGCUCCUGGGAGGGCCUUCCCUCGUGCCCUCGCCUGCCUGCGUGGCCGCCGCCCCCAUGGCCGCCCCCUUGGCCGCCCCCUGGGACGGCAUCGUGGGCUUCCUGCAGACCGUCGCGCACCUCCAGGAACGACGGCCCGACCCUCAGUCCGUGGAGGAGGAGGACGAGGAAGAGAAGCCAUUGAGAAAAAUAGUGUAUGCGGUGGAGGAGCAGGUGUCCGACAAUCAAAUCAAGGCGAACGGGAGCGUCAUCGUGUACGACAGCCAGGGUGGCCAAGAAGUGCAUGUUCCAGCUACCUCAGAGUCCUCCGGAAACUCAGCCCUGGACAGGAAGAAGCGAUCCGCCGAUGGCGAGUCAAAGGACGUCGCCGAUGCCAGCGAAACUGGGCGUCAAAACGGCAACGUGGUAACGCGCCCUUUCCUGAUAGGGCGCAAACUUUGGUACGUCCCUCUAUGGUUCAGCCUUUAUCUCAUCCUGUACAUAACGGCAUUGACGGUCAAGUCUGUGGCAAGGCACAGGAUUAAAUAUCCCACACUUGUGUCUGAGGAUGACCCCUUAAGAAGGCGAAAUGGCUACGCAAAAACAGCAAGUCUCACCAGGAGGGUGUCUAAUGCCAUUUCAAACGGAGAACAGAGAUACCAACGCCAAUGGAGUAUGUGAAACAUGAAACGUGAUGCUUUUCUCAUUAGGGAAGCUUCCAAUUAAAGAAACCCUGCCACAAUUU